AUGUUUGAUCUUUUACGUUCAAGAGAACCUAAGGUAUCCAAACCUGAACCUAAUACCAAUAUCAUGGCGUCUAAGGUGAUGCUCCCACAAUUGAUAGGUUCUAUUGCUUCGAAUACUAGUGUCAAGUAUGCAUGUGCUGUCUAUUGUCAACCAAAAACAACCAUGUUUCCUAAACUGCAAUGGAUUGAAAGUUUAAAGCUUCCAGAUAAAACUGAUUUAGAGAACUUAAAAAAUAUUUCGAAAAGAGUUUUAUGCAACAUAUAG